UAUGAUGCAUUGCGAAAAGCCUCGGCAACCAAUAACAGUCUAUCUUAUUUAGCAUCUUUUUUCAACAGCGCAUAUAUCGAUUCUUGCAUUGCAUUGGUCGCGAGCAUCAUUUAUCUUUGUUUAACAUUCGAUACAACACAAGGAUGAAAUAAUGAACGUGAACGUAUGGUCGUUAAAUGGAACGCGCCCUUUAUGGUUUGAAAAGGCUCGUGACCUAACCUUUCUUUAUAUAACCUUAUAUGCGCCAUAUACAUAUACAAAACACAGUAUACAAGGUGUGUUCGGAGAACACGCUUUUAGCGCUAUGAGCGUGCUCUGUUCUUAUUCAACUUUCACUAAAUAACAAAAACAGAUAAUGCUUUUAGUGUGUAAGUAUGUUCCUGAACGCAACCACAGUGACAGUGAUGUAUUUACAGCUGAUGACAGCUGUAUAUAAAUGCAUACAAAGUGUUCGCAUCGAUACUCGUUUGAUAAUACUGAUGAUAACAUCAAAAGUAUUUAAAUACAAUACUAAUUCUUCUUUGUCGAUUUCUCAUGUUAUUUUCAAAAAAACAGAUUGAAUGAGAAUAUUUAGAUUCGCACGGUGCGAGGAAAAAUGGAUGACGAGAAUGCAAGUUGCGCGUAUGACAGCGAGGAAGAUACUCAAGUGUCAUUGUUGGAUCUCCCGGUCGAGAUAUUCCUGCAUAUAUGUUCCUUCUUAAAAGCGUCAACAUUAGUGCACAGUUUGAGCCUAGUAUGCAAACAAUUCUAUCUGAUUUUAAAGGAUGAUUCACUAUGGAAAGCGCGAAUUAAUCAUAUAUGGCCAGAUGCUAGCUACCCGCUUUUGCGUCCUGCAAAGGUUGACAAACUAUUUUGGAAAUUGUCAUGUGUUGCAAUUGAAAAACAAAGAGCACUAUGGAGACAAAAGGAAUGUUCUAUGCAGAAAAUAGCUUCACGUCCACAGGGCAGCACAGUAGAUGCUCUACUACUGAUGCAUGAUGGUACCGCUUAUAUUGCUGGAGCUAGAGAUCGCAGUCUGAUUUAUGUAAAUUUAUGCCUGAGUAAUGAAUCCUCAACUCACAGUACCUGUAAUAUAAGAUCUGCGCAUAAUGGAUGGAUUUGGGAUCUGACAACUGUAGAUAACACUAUCUACAGUUGUAGUUGGGAUCAGAGCAUCAAAUCAUGGAUGCUUACUAAUGUUGGUCUUGUCCAGCAGAAAACUUAUAAAAUGAGUGUGUCAGGUGCACUGCUUUGUGUAUCAUCAUGUCCAGAACAGAGUCUUUUCGCGACCGGUUCGUACAUGAGGACUGUAUUCGUCUUCGAUUCCAGAUCGGGAGAAAAGCCAAUCAGGCAAUAUCGAUCGCACGGAGGAGCUGUUAUUAAACUGGCAAUGAAUUCCGAAUACAUCUUAUCUGCUAGCGAGGAUAAAACGGUGUCUAUUUGGGAUCAAAGAGCCGGACGAACUAUGAAACAUAUCACAAUUCCAGGCGAAGCGUUUCCCAUGAGCAUAAACAUGCAACAAGAUUGUGUUUGUGUCGGGGACAACAUCGCCAAACUGCAUGUAUUAAAUCCGAAAAACGACUUUGAACUAGUAAAAUCUUACUCUACUGAACAUACAAAAGGGAUAACAGGGGUGCAUUUGACGCGCGGAAAUCUGAUAACGAGUUCCACAGACGGCACUGUCAGAAUUUCGAGUCCUACGGAUCCACCGAAAUCGAUGGCUACUUUAUGUUCACCUUUUGGAACAAUUGCAAGAAUGGAUUACCAAAACGGCAUUCUUGCGAUAUGUGGCAACGAAAUCGUGGUAUAUCGGCCGAUGUGUUCAAUAAAAGAUUAAUUAUUGGAUAAUUUCUAUACGCAUUUUAUAAUUGUUAUGUAGGUAUAUUGCUUUA